AACAAGGUAGUAGGCUCUUGCUAACUACUUUUAACUACUUUUAACAUUUAAGCCAAUUUCUUGGCUGUUCCUGACCUGGUCCAGAGUUCUGCCACAAACAGAAGCACGAGCAAACACAAAAUUCCGCUCGACUAUGAGUGCACUAUUUAAUUUUCAAAGUUUACUUUCGGUUAUUCUUUUGCUGAUUUGCACCUGCGCCUACGUGAGGCCCAUGUGUCCAAGUAUUUUGGAUGGCAAUAAGACCGGCAUGCGAUUAGCCUUGUGGAAGCUAGCACGAAUCGGUGAACGCGGAUCGCCUUGGGUGGGCGCUGCCUGUUUUAUUAUGGCACUAACAGUGCUCUUCUCCAGCUAAGACAAAAUUCAAAUGGACUAAAAUAAAAAUAAAAUAUAUAUGUAUAUAGAUAGUUGAAUAGGAACAAACCUAUAUAGGACCGCACUUGAGUCAAAGGAUAACUAAAAGCUGAUUUAAAAAUAAAUAAUUAAAAUGAA